GGCCGCACGAUCAAGACCAAAUCAGAGAGGAUCUCUUGCUCCCUUCUGCAACUCCUGUCAGCCAUAAGAUUCCAGCUGGUCAAGGUUUCCUACAAUGGAGUGUGAAGACCCAGAUAUCGUGGAGAUCCAUGACUCGGACGAUGGAGAGAUCGUGAGGCAAGUUUACGUAGCUGAUAGAGAUGUAGUGAGUGAAGGAGAAGAUUUCCUGGAGCAUGAGCUCAGGCAGCCCAGCUGGAAGGGAGGGUCGCAACAGGAUGGGUCCGAAGUGGAACAGCAACAGAGCCCACUGCCACCCGGUAGUUAUGACGACAGCGAAGUGGCCGUCGCGACCACAGUGGUCCCGCGUUCCGGCAAGCAGCGCCCGUUCAUCUGCAACGAGUGCGGCAAGAGCUUCAGUCACUGGUCGAAACUUCUGCGGCAUCAGCGCACGCACACCGGAGAGCGCCCCAGCACCUGCUCCGACUGCGGCAAGAGCUUCUCUCAGAACUCGCACCUGGUGCAGCACCGGCGCACCCACACGGGUGAAAAGCCCUACGUGUGCCGCGACUGCGGCAAGAGCUUCAGCUGGAGCUCCAGCCUGAUCCAGCACCAAAACAUCCACCACGGAAGAACGGCCAUUACACCUCACCGGGGACUGUGGCCGCAGCUGCACUCAGAGCAAGAACCUAGCUAA